GCACCAGGGGUCCUCCCAGCUACCGUUAAUGUUUGUUAGCUGAUUUGCUAGCUGGUAGCUACGUACGCAGUCAGAGGUUGGGACAGAAAUGGUGUUGGUGUUUUGUAUCUGUUGAGAAUGAGCCCGAAAGGAGUCAGGGAUGACCUGACGACAUCUGACUUCUUCAAACUCUUCCUCCAUCACCCCAGCUCCGUCGGGUAAAGGCUCGCCUUCAUCUCUGCUACAUCCGCUCCAAGUCUGCUGGACCCGCCACGUUUCCCUUCUACGGCCCCGUAUUAAAUCAGACGCCAUGUAUUGCCUCCAGUGGCUCCUUCCCGUGCUGCUCAUCCCCAAACCGCUGAACCCGGCGCUGUGGUUCAACCACUCCAUGUUCAUGGGCUUCUACCUGCUCAGCUUCCUGCUGGAGAGGAAGCCCUGCACCAUCUGUGCCUUGGUCUUCCUUGCUGCCCUCUUCCUCAUCUGCUACAGCUGCUGGGGCAACUGUUUCCUGUACCACUGCCAGGAUGCCGCGCUCCCGGACGCCGCCCAGGAUCCGGCCAUCGUCGGCACCUAGGAGAGAGGGAUGGGGGCAGGAGUUUAAGAAAAGGAGGAAGGGAUGGAGAGAGGAGGGUGAUACUGCCAUGCUGGAAGAGCGGACAACAUGUUAGAGACGGAAAAGACCGCAAAUACUGAAAAUGCUUGGCCAAAAGAGGUACAAGAGAGGACGAGGGCUCGCUGUAAAGAGACUAGACGGAGGAGAGGAGGCGGACACUUUGUUUGAGGAGACAUUUAUACAACAGGAGAAGAAGGAGGAGACACUGAGGGAAGGAGAUUACGCUUUCCUUUCUAGCAUUUGAUUGAAAACGGGCCAACAGACCAUAAUCCCACGGUGGUAAAUGUUCCUGUGGCAUUGCUCCAAGAUUAUCAUGUCACACUGUAAGAUUUUAGGUCAUCUGUCACAUAAACAGGACUACUUUUAGAGGUCAUAAUUUCCUGAUUUAAAAGCAACUAAAACAUUAUAGAUACUUACAAUCAGACCACAUUAUGACCUGUCAAAGACCAUCAGUUUUAUCCUGUUUGAUAAUCAUGGUAAGAAAGGCUCAGGUUAAUAAAAAAUAUCAGCAUUAAUUUUAACAUCAGUUAUCUGCUUAGCCACUUUUUUAACCAGGAAGACUGACAAUAGAAACAACAGUUAGGAUCUGGACCUCAGUUAACAUCUGUUUUAUACGUUCAGGUAAAUAUCCUUCAUGCUCUGGCGGACGGGUUUCUGAGAUUACUGUCAGAUACUGUGAUUUAAGACAGAACUGUGAGAUCAGAAGCAGAAUUGUGAGAUUAGGGAUGGAAUUCUGAGAUUACGGGCAGAAUUUCAGGAUUAAAGCCAGAAUUCUUAGAUCAAAGACAGAAUUCUGAGAUUGAUUUUGGAAUUCUGGGAUUACUGUCAGAUCCUGAGAUAAAAGGCGUAAUUCUUAGAUGGGGUGGAAUUUUUAGUUUAAAGUAAAGGAAAAAAAAAACGUUGGAUCUAUUAAUUUCUUAAAAAUAAAUCAAACUUAAUGACAAAAAAAAUUUGAAAUUUUUGGGAUUAUAAAAGUCAUAAAUUUGCAUGAAACCAAACCUUUUUGAGUUUAAAGUUGUACAUUUUGACAGUAUAAACUCGGAACUCAUAAACUAAAUGUUACAUUUAAGCUGUACCAAGCUGAAAGAGGUAGUUGGAAAGCUCCAGUUUGCAGAAAUCACAAGUAUUUUAUUAUUGUCACACUUAAACAUAGAACUUGAUGAGGUUUCUACUGCAGGACAAAGAAACAGGUUAAUUCAGUCUGAUUUUCUUCCACAUAAUUGGCUAUUAACUUUAGAAUCUCAAAAACUUUUAGUCUUGUCAAGUUCCAAAUGCCAAAAUAAUUUUUUUUGUCAAAAAUAAGACAUUAAUACAAAAAUAUAUUUCAAAAAAUCCUGCAUAUUUAUGAUCAUUUAAACCAAGAAAUUUUGAAUUGUUUUUUUCUUGUCUUUACAAACUUUCAAACUCAAACGUGUUUAGUUUUUUUUUUUUUUCGAACUCCAAAUUUCAUGAUUUUUCUUGUUAAUUUACACAUUUUUAAACUCCAGACUUUCAGGGAUAGUAGUUCUAUAUUGAGAACUUUUUGAACUCAAUUUUUAGUUUUUCUCAUGAAUUUAAGACUUUUCACCCUCAAAAAUGUCUUUUUUUCCUUUAAUAUUUACAACUUAAUCUUGAAAAUAUUUAGUGCUAUCUCAUGAAUUAAUGCAUUUUUGAAGUUCUAAAUUUGGAGGUUUUCCCUUUAAUUACUUUUCAAAUUUGAAAAUUUCUGUAUGUGUCUUGUAAAUUGGUGACUUUUUGACCUGCUAAAUUUGAGUUUUUCUCAUCAAUUGAGGAUUUUUUCAAACUCCAAAAUUUAGAUUCUUUUCAUUUUCUGAAGUUUUAAAUUUGAAAAAUUUGAGUUUUCAUUUUCUCAUAAAUAUACAACUUUAAACUCAAGAAUUUUCUUUUUUUUUCGUUUAUUUUAAUGAUUUACUUUCAUUUAUACAAACCUCUUAGAAUACACCACCAUUUAUAAAUACUCACAGCGUUUCUCAGACUACGUGCUGUUCUUCUCACAGAUUUUACCAGAACAACCAGCUUGUUUUAUCUGUCCACCAGUAAAUUUAUUUCCUUUAUCUGCUAAAGUGAACCUUCUGUGCCUAAUAAACGCUCCUGUAUUUUUUUCUUCUGGCUUAUGUGAGACAGUAUUAACAAGGAAAGUAAAUAGAUUUAAAGCAUUAACUGGGUUUGGUCUAAACAAUCAGAUUUUACUUUGAAGGCCAAAUUGCCCAGCCCUAACCACAAGAUUUAAUAAAUAGUAAAAUAAUGGUAUAUCAGUGUGCUUAUGCAUGGUUAUGACAACAUGAGUGAGAAAAGCUGUUAAAAAGGCACAGUUAGCCUGUUAGCUCACAAGUAUUGAGUUAAAAAAAUUCAGCUUACAUCAACUCUCUAUCACUUCUAAAGCACAAAUACCAACAAUCUUUCUUUGUGCUAACUUUUCUUUGUUCAGCAACUUUUGGGAAAGUUGCCAACUAUUCCAAAGUUGCCAACUGUGGUCUACUGUUUAGCAAAAAUAGAGGGACAAAGGCCUGAGCUUCACCAACAUUCUGUCUUCUGCCUUUGAUGAUGUCAUCUUCUUAAACCUUUGAUCAGCUUUAGAAGGAUGAUGUCAUCAAAGCUUCUAAAACAUUCCAUCCUUGCCUGUAGACUUAAGUUCAGUCAAAUGGUAUCUGAUCAUUAGAAAAGAAACGGUCUCCAUGGUGACACCAACCUGGAAUUAAAGAGUAUGACAUGAUAUCAAUGUUUCCCGCCUUGACUUCACAGGAACAUGGCCGCCGCGGGAAUAUAAACACCUUAAAGUCAGUAUUCCGGUUCCUUUUUCCCCCUUCUUCCUAAAAUAGUCUGUAGAAAGCUUUCUCCACCUUAAACUGCCAAAUUCUCACACAGCAGUGUUUACCCGUCACCAACACGCCGCUGCAGUUUACCACAGACUCUGCAAUCCAGGAAGUGUUAACAAAAUGUUUGCAUCUCUUAAGUUUUUGCCCCAAAGUGGGAGGGACAAACCCUGCCGCCAUUAUGGCUCUGCCCACGCCACACACUGGACAAUCACUAAGUAUGCUGUGAAUAAUUCCUCCGGUGACGGUGAAGAACUGCUGAGAAACUGUCGGUCUUCUUCGCCCUCGCCGUGCUCUCCUCCUCCUUCUCCUCCGAGCGGACGCCCCUACAGACUCACCGUUUUCGUUUCUUCUUUGCUGUUUUUCUUCCGUUCCUUUGUUUCUCGUGCAUGGGUUGCUGUUUAGUUUUUCACAGAUUUUAAAGAUGCUGAAAGUUUCCAAAGGUUAGAGAAAUCCUGAUGUGUGCGUGCGUGAAUGAGAGCGAGAUGUUUGUUGUGACACGCUGAUGAAGACGUGGAGACACGGGGUGGACACGUGGUCGGUGCUUCCAGCGACACAAAGCAAUACAGAGUUCAGCUGGUCCAGAUGUAGUCACAAUCAGACAGUGAACGCCGUCAACCCGUUUCCCCGUGUUUCUCCUCGCCUCGCGUUCUGCUGUCAGACACUGUGAGUGUGGGUGUGUGUGGGCUCUUGUCGCAGUGCUGAACAUGCUCACUGCUGCGUUAUUGCUUUGGUUUUAAUUUAAAUAAAGUUUUUUCCCUCUCAAA